UCUGUUCGAAGUUUAGGAUGGAGUAUCGAUGGUAGAAGGCUAGCAAGUUCUGCUUCUGAUCGAUCAAUACGAAUCUGGACGCCGGAAGUAAGCGUUGAUGCACGUUCGACAAGUGAAUUACGAGGUCAUACAGAUGGAGUAGAACAAAUCAUUUGGCAUCCUUUACAGCCCGAUCAAUUGGCUUCUGCUUCAGGCGAUAAAACUGUCAAAUUUUGGGAUGUGAGAUCAUCGAAAGAGACAAACAGUAUUCGAACACCAGGCUCAAACAUCAAUAUUGCCUAUCAUCCACAAGGAUCGUAUAUUGCUAUUGGAGAUCGAGAUGAUACAGUAUCCAUCAUCGAUGUACGUGCUGGUAAGAGCUUGGGAUUGAUACGGUCUAUGGGAUCACCACCUGAUACCACCUCACAAGCUGCUAAAUGGAUAAAUGGAGAGAAAGAAGAGAUCAACGAAUUCUCAUGGACACCUGACGGACGCAUGUUCGUGAUGGGAACGGGAAGCGGUAAUGUGAGAAAGUCAGAGACAAAGCCAGCUCCUGGACCUGCACUACAUUGGCCAACAGUACAUACCAUCGUUGGCCAUACAGCAACAGUCUUUUGCGUCGGAAUUGAUCCCCUAGGUCGAUACUUAGCAACAGCUUCUGCCGAUAGUACAACAGCUCUGUGGACCUUGGACGAAUUCUUCAAUGUUUCUGUUUCUGGGCAUUUGACAUAUACACCUAGAUCCAUCUCUUUCUCACAUGAUGGUGAAUUUUUGGCUUCGUGUGGAGAGGAUAACUUUAUUUGCAUCACCGCAACCGCACCGAUGAACCCUACUUCUGUUGAUAGUCCAUUACACAAGAUACCCGUCUCAACUGCUGUUAAUGCUGUUGCUUGGCAUCCAAGUAGGUAUUACUUGGCAUAUGCUGGAGAUGAUGGUAAU